GUAGGCCUGGGAAUCUGUCUCAUAUACGAUAUCCAUUCACAAAAUUGUUCUUGUUUUAGGCCUUAUAGUUUUUGUUGUUGCCAAAUUUACGUUCAAGGCCAUGUCACGCAAAAGGGAGCUGCUUCAGGCAGCGGUCGGCAAGCAGAGCCAACCGCCCACGUUCGGUUCCUUCCACAAGCAAGCGGAGCUGAUGAAGAUGCUGCCGCUGGUGCCCAAUUUGCGGGAGAUUUACAACAUGUUCGACCCCUCCAACUCUACUGGCAUUUCAGAGGCCGAUUUGGGCUACUGCCUGCACGCCAUGGGACUAACUCCGACCCAUUUAUGGCUGAAGGACAACCUGCCGCCGAAGGGCCGGAGAUGGCUGAGCUUCGAGAAGGUGCUGACGCUGUACUGCAAACUGGCCGUUGCUGAUGGGCAGCCCAAGAUGGGGGACGUGCUGGAGGCCCUGCGGGCGUGGGACGUGAAGAAAACUGGCAAAAUAGCUUACUCGGAGCUGCGGAAAAUGCUCACGACUAUGGGCGACCCCAUCGACGAGACCCAUGUCUUCGGCGUGCUCGCGUCCGUGUCGGACAUAGAGGGCAACGUCCACUACGAGGACCUCGUGGCGAACAUGCACACCCACGAUGCGAAGGCCGCCGAGACGCUGCGCCAGGCGCGCAACUAUCUGGAGGCCCUGGGCCGCAACGCCGUCGACAUGGACAUGACCAAGCGGGACGAGUUCAUCGACGACCUGCGCAGGGCGGAUCCCCAGGGCAAGGGCUACAUCGGGAGCAGCAAGCUGCUGGAGCUACUCAAUCGCAGUGGCAGCUCGUUCACGGCGAAGGAGCUGGACAUCAUUAUCGACAGCAUGAAGUGCAAUGCAAGAUCCGAUAAGGGCAUCGAUUAUCGCCGAUUUCUGCGCUACAUCAUGGACACAUAGCUAGGAGCGGUCCGAGGAUCUGCGGAAAGCUUUCUGCAAAUUUCUUAUAUUCGGCAACAGCGAAAUAUGUACAUUUGUUGACCGUUUCCUUAAAUUAAAACAAAACCUAAAAAAAGUGUC